CUUGCCAACGCUCGAGCGUGCCCCCAAUGCAUUAUGGGACGUAAACACAAAGAGGUGCUAGCAGCGUUAGCUUGUCCCCGUGCCUCGGCGGUGUUUUUCUUAAGCUUCGCGCGUGUUUUUGUCACCAGCUGCAGUGAAAAUGACUUCCGUCCAGUCUCUCCGAGAGUUCAUCAGUGAGCGCCUGACUGCUGCCGCGGAGGAGAUCUGCAGUCACUUCGAGGGAACCAUCGUCCAGUACGAGGCGGAGCUCAGCCGCCAGCGCAGACUGCUGGACAUCGUGCUGAAGCCGCAGAUCCAGGCGCAGACCACAGUUCUCCCUCAGUAUUAUCUGAGGAACCAGGACAAGAACUCCAGUGUGGAUCAGAGAGACGCAGAACCUCCACAGAUUAAAGAGCAAGAGGAGGAGGUCUGCAUCAAUCAGGAUGAAGAACAGCUUGAUCUGAAGGAGGAACAUGAUGAUUUGAUGGUGACUCCUUUUUAUGACGAAACCGAGCCCAGAGAGGAACAUUUUGACACCGAGCAGUUCCAAACUGAGAUCUUUAAAGACGCUCAGGAUGAGGAAGACCUACAGGAAGCAUCAACAUCAACCACAGAUGGAGAGACGGAACCUCAGAGCAGCAGAAGCGACAGACUCAGAAGAAACAUCAAAGUGGAGGACAGCUCUGACACAAGUCCAUGUGAUCCCCACUCUGAGGUGAUGUCCGAAAACCCCGAGGUUUUUGGGAAAACCUUCAAGAAGACUCUAAUGAAAAAACAGAAAACCAAAACAACUAAGCGGUUUUUCUGCAAACUGUGUGGAAAAAGUCUGACCACCGCGAAGAGCCUGCGGCGCCACAUCACCAUCCACACCGGAGAGAGGCCGUUCUUCUGCAUACAGUGCAGCAAAAGCUUCAGCCACAGCUCCUACCUCCGGAGCCACAUGAGGACGCACUCCGGCGCCCGGCCGUUUCCCUGUAACCUCUGCGGUAAAACGUUCACCCGGCGGUCCCAUCUCAACCGGCACAUCAUCAUCCACACGGGGGAAAAGCCCUUCUCCUGCCACGUCUGCUUUCAGAGUUUCAGCAGAAGAGAGCAGCUGACCGGUCACGCCAGGAAACACGCCGGCACGGAGGAUGACAUCAGCCGAUAGCUGCGUUUUAAGGUCAUUCGUGUUUGUGGGUGGAUCCUAAACCUGUCUGAUGAGUCCGUUUGCAAAGUUGGUUCAGAAUGAGGAUAGUAGCUAUUCUUAUUUAAUGUUAUUACUUCAUGGACUAAUCUGGGACAGCAAGUCAUCAAAGAGAGAUGGAAGUACCGCUGAAAGCGCCGUCAUUCAGAUGCAGCUCCUGCAGUAGACAGUGAAGCUCGCCGCUCUGGGAGAGUCUCUGGAUGAUCUCAUGAACCCAAACAUGAGGAGACGCCGUUACAGAUAACAAUAAUAAUAAACCUGAUCUCUCAAUGUCAUCCGUGUCUUCCAUGCAUUGUAAAUAAGAUGGUCAGUCAAUGCUUCCAUGUAAUAAUCAGGCUAAAACCUUGUGGCGAUAGCUCCUCCCACACACACCAGAAGCAUCAGCUUACUAACAAAUCUUUGGACAAUAGUUGAGCAGCAAAAGAAAUGAGGCUGGAUAUGAAUUUGACACGUUUAAUGUGAAGGCAGCGUUACUCAAAUGUGAACAUUUCUGAUAAAACCGACCCAGCAAGCCCUUAACUUGUGCAAGUACUUAAAAGCAGCCGGUGACAAUGUAUGAGAUACUGCUUUCUGUAGUAGUUCAUCUUUGCCUUAUAAGCAAAAUUACUUAACUUCUAAAUAAACCCAUAGAGAUGUAUUUUUAUUUGUGGAUUUUCUCUUUGUUUAUAUGUAGAACGUCAAAGGCUGCUUCUGUGUUAAUAUUGUAGGGUUACUUUAAAUUUAUGUUUC